GAGAUAGCAAAGAUCGGAGCGGGGGGCAGGGAAUGGAGCCUUUGCUGAGACAGGACAGCAAAGAAAGAGAUAGACUAUUAGAUCAGCCGCCUGAGCUGUUACCAAGACAGGACAGCAAGGAAAGGGUGAGAAACGGUUUGGACUGUAGAAUGAUAGAUCAGCCACCAGAGCUCUUACCCCGACAGGAUAGCAAAGAGAGAGCCAGGAAUGGUGUGGACUCAAAGCACGAAAGCAGAGACAAGCCCCCUGAGCUUUUACCCAGACAAGACAGCAAAGAAAGAGCCAGAGCAGGAGCAGAAUAUAGACACGAUAGCAAAGACCAGCGUCCUGAUUUGUUGCCCCGACAGGAUAGCAAAGAGAGAGUAGAAUAUAGACAUGAAGGUAGGAUAGACCAGCCACCUGAGAUCCUUCCCAGACAAGAAAACGGCAGAAGCAGCAACAGCAAAGAAAGAAUCAGCUCUGAAUCAAAGCAUGAUGGGAGAGAUCGGAGCUGCCACAAUGGAGGAGACGCCCCUCCUCCCCUACCAAGGCAGGACAGUAAAGAUCUGAGCAGAACAGGACUGGAAGUGAGACGGGACAGCAAAGACAGGAGUCUGAAUGGAUCCGAACAGGAUUCAAAGAGCACAAAGAGCCCGUCUGCGAUGGAGUACAGGUGUGAUGGCAAGGAGCGAGGAUACAGAUCCGAUGGUACUCCGAGGCGAGACAACAGAGCAAAUUACAGCGUGGACCAAUCAAAAGCACAAGAGAGGAACGGCAGCACAUCAGGGCAGCACUCAUCCACAACCACACCUACUCACCACGGGAGGUCGUCUGGGAGCCCACCAAUGACAGCGGGGACAGGAAAUGAUGUGAAAGCAGCACCCAAGUAUGCCCGCUCACCUUCUAUGACUGCAAACCCCUCCCCUAUGGGAACUCCAAAAAGGAGAGCAGCAGAGUCGCAACACAGUCAGAUGUUUCAGAUGCCAUGGAUCUGUGGAGACACCACUAUGCUCGAACAGAUCGAGAGGAAGCGCACCCUCUGCAUGGAGAUCCGCUCCAGACAGCACCCACAUCUGCAGAGGUAUUUGGAGCGGCCUCCUCCUCCUCCAGACAGGAGCGAGGACAGGCACCAGGAACGGAGUCAGUGCAAGCAAGAGAGCGCAUCGGUCCUCCCGGGCUGGGGGAAAAACAGCGGGGCCAAAAAGAUCCGUCCUCCCCCUUACCCCACACACAAAACUGUGUUUUGGGACACGGCCAUCUAACCACACACUUACACCUCCCUCAGAUACCCCCCUUCCUCUUUCUCUUUCCUCUGGGUUGUGCUGAUGCUUCCCUGUAACAACAGGGGUGUCAGGACAGCAAGUAAGAGCACCAAGAAGAUACUCGCUGAUGUCAAUGGACAAUGGUGGUUACCAUAGCAAUAUUUCUGCUCGUUCAGGUUGUCAUGUUUUCUUAUCAUCACUGGUGAUAUUUGAUAUUUUUCUAUUCCUGUGAUUGGAUUCUUGUAAUAUAAUUAGUAGAAUAGAUAUUUGAUGAAUAGAUAUUUUCUAAAUGAGAUGGGGAUUAAAAAGCAGCUUAAAUGAUGUAUAGUAGAUGUAGAUGCAAUCUAAUGUUUGUUUUUGUUAUCUUUCUUUGGUUAUUUUACAUUGGAAAGCAUAAUCUAUCAAUACUUGUACUGUAGUAGCAUAAUUUUCUUAUGCCUAACUCUUUUCUUCUUGUGCCGAAUAGCACUGAAAAUGAAUGGACUAUUCAGUUCUGUCUAUAUAAACUUAACAUUUUCACUGUUGUAUUGUAAGUCAAGGAGUUAACGUGCUUUAGAUUCCAGCGCCCUCCAUGCCUGGUCCAGUAUGUUCUACAAUGUACAACAGAUGGUCCUAGAACAGAAACAGGAAACUUUGUGUGCUUCAGUUUGUAUAUUACAGUAAGAAGCUGUGUAGUCACAACGUCUAAGCCUUUUUCAAGCGGUUGAAUCGUUAAAUAUGGAAGAAAAAACCUGUUGGCUGGCAUGUUGUAGAGGAAUGAGAAAGUGUGAAAUGUUCCUGCUGUAAUCUAAGAUACACUAUGAGGGUGGGAUGGGGAGGUAGUAAAUUAGAACAUACAUUAUUAACAGUAUAAUUUCCAAAAACCAGCCAAAGCCUGUUAAAGCGAGAUAGGGGUGUGGUUGCACUUUGGAUGGUCGGUAACUUAAAAAUGGGGUCGGUGGCAAUAGCUGGCAAGUACCAGCGCCCUUACUUUGCCAUGCACACUGCGAGCACCACAACACAGUGUAAAUACUUGAUGCCAACGACCAGCCCGUACAAUCAACACCUGAGCUUUUAGAACAUUUCUUAAUUUAACUGCAGAUUAUAAUAGCCAUAUGCACUUGCUUAAGAAUUAACUUUCAAGAUUAUGCUUAUAUAUAUAUUUUUGAAAAUGUUAAAGUUAGCUGUGCCAUGUAAGUUUUAAUUUAUUGGCGAGAGGGAAGUAACUGACUGCAUGUGACAUGCAGUCAUCUAUGAUUGGUUGCUUCGGACAAUAUUCACAUUUCAAUUGGCUGGCAACCGUUUUAGAGAUCAAAGGACCUAUAACAUGGCGACAGCUCUACCCGGUCGAGCAGACAGGGGUUGCACAAGAGCCUCCAAAUCCUCGAGGCUUUGUAAAAAGAAAGAGAAAUGCACUACACAUCAUAUUCCAUUACAUUCAAUCAGACGGAUUACAUACAUGUCCUUCUCCCCCUGCUCUCUCCCUCUACCUCAACCUCCUACUUACAUCGUCCAAAUUGGUUCUCUUCAGCACAUUCAAAUGCAAUGUUGACAUUGCCAAAAUAGUCCGGGUUGGACACGUGAGCUAACCCUCAGAGUGGAAUGCAAGUGCAGUACCCCUUCUCUGCUGAGAAUCAACACUACAGAGGUCCCUCUGUGUCAUACCUGUGCGUGUGUGAGAGGGAGAGAGCCGUGUGUGUGUUUGUUCGUGUGUGCCAAGCUACACUGUAUGCAAGUGGAAUCUUUAAAAAUGAUUGUUUUAUGACAUUCACUUUGCCCUCUCUGUGAUGAUUGGAGGGCAAAGGUUGGAAAUGUAAUAAUGAUGAUGUACAAUCUUUUUGUGUGUAUAAACGUGCACUGUGAAAAGGUAGAGAGAGCACCGCACUGUCAGAGUCCUCUGUCUUAUUGCACUGA